GAGAAAUUUAAUAUUGGUGGUGGACAAAUAAUUUCUGGGCUUUUAAAUAGUGGUGUUUAUCAUUAUUUAGCAGAUAUUUGGAAUGUCAUGAGGGAAAAUCCGUGGAGAACAACAAUUGCAACCUCAGUGUUGUAUUGGAUGUUGAGAAGGAAUUCACCAAAAUGUGAUAUUUCAUCUCGGGAUAGAGUAAUUGUAAUUACUGGGGGCUCGGGUGGGAUUGGAUCUUUGGUUGCUAAAGAAUUAUUGGGUUCGAGAUGGAAUGCAAAGGUUAUUGUAAUUGAUUAUUCUCUCUCACAAAUGCAACAAGUUUUCGAGCAAGAACUUUCGGAUAAUUGUGAAAAGUUGAAAUUAUUUGCAUGUGAUAUAACGAAUAAUGAACAGGUUGAAAACACUGCAAAAUUAAUUCAAAAUCAAUUGUUGGAAUGGAAUAUCACUCAAGUAUUUGGAUUAGCUGAAUUAUCCGAAACUGAAAUGUUGGAUGUAUUUGGAGUGAAUAUUUUAGGACCUAUUAGAAUGUUGAGAUGUAUUUACCCAAUGAUGAUUUCAAACAACCAAGAGAACGAUUCAAAAUCUAAUCAAGGAAUUGUAAUUAAUGUUGCAUCUGCUGCAAGUUACAGUGCUGUUAAAUUUACUGGAUUUUACAGUACCACCAAGUUUGCACUUUAUGGAUUUUCAGACGGUUUGAGAAGAGAAUUCAAAUCUAUUCAAGGAUUGAGAGUUACUUGUAUUGAGCCAGGAUUUGCAAAAACCCAAAUUUUGAAUAUGAAACCAUUCAGUGAAAGCUCACAAUUUUACAAACCUUAUAUGGAACUCUAUCAAGUGGCUAAAAAGAUGAUGGACAAUGCUCAAUCUCCUCAAAAAGUUUCUUCAGUAAUUUGUGAGCAAUUAUUCUCAUCUAAUAAUGAGAAACACAUUCUGAUAGAUCAUUGGUACAUGAGAUUGUUGAACAAUUUGAAUAAUAAUAUUAAUAGUUUGAAUAAUAAUAGCAAAAAUGUAAAAGAAGAAUUAUUAAAUAGAUACUCAACAAUUAUAAACGAGUUAGGAAGUGGAGCAUUCGGAAUUGUUUAUCAAGUGAAAAGAAAAAAUCAAAGUAUUGCAGCUGUCAAAGUAAUAUAUCCAUCUUUGGAAUUUGACAUGAAUCAAGCAUUACAUGAGGCUAUACAAACAGUUAAGGUAUCACAUGAGAAUAUUAUUCGUGUGCAUACUGCUUUCAUUAGCAACAAUCAAUCUUUUUUAUGUAUUGAAAUGGAUUGUUUAGAAUUUGGAAACUUAUUCGAUUAUUUCAUUAAAAAUCCAAAUAACAUUCCAUCUGAAAAAAUGAUAUUACUAAUUAUAGAACAAAUGGGAAAUGCAUUAAAACAUAUUCAAAAAUUUAAUAUCAUACACAAAGAUAUUAAACCUGCAAACAUUUUAAUCAAAUCCAUUAAUACCAAACAAGAUAAUAUUCAAGUUUGUUUGAGUGAUUUUGGAUUUGCAAAAACUAACACCAAUAGUUCAACAGAAAUUUCACAAUUGAGUGGGACAUUUAAAUAUUUAGCACCUGAAAUUAUUGAUUAUGAAAUAUUGGAUAUCAAACAACCAUAUUCUACUCAAUCUGACAUUUUUGCAUUAGGUGUCACGUUAUAUUACUUAAUGACACGUGAUUUAUCAACUCUAUGUAAUUCAAUGUGUAAACAUCCAAAGUUAUUGAAGGAUUAUUUUGUAAAAUAUCAACGUAUGAAAUAUUCUGAUCAUCUCAUUGAGCUAAUAUUGAAAAUGAUGAGCUUGCAACCAAAUGAUCGUCCCUCUAUUGAACAAUUAAUUCAACAAGCAAAUCAGACCAUUAUCGAAAAGCCAAUUGAAUUACCUGUGUACCAUUUAUGUUUGGCAACAUUCUAUGGAUCACCGGCACAUACAAACAUUACAAAAUCGUUAAAUAUUUAUAGGAAUUCUCACUCACUGAUUGGUGUUGAUUUUAGUGAUGGACCUUCAAUAGACUUGGAUUCAAUAAGGAAUCAGUUGAAGAUUGAAAAUGCUCCUUCUACUACAACACUAAUUGGAAUCAAUUGGUGUAGAAAACAAUAUCAACAGAAUUAUAUCAGACAAGUGACUUUUGCAUCUCUAUUGGAUGAUAACCAAAUGUUUGAAAUUGCCACAACUACUUACAACCAACAAAAAUCAGAAGAACCAGAACAUUUAACCAGAAUUGCUAAAGAAUUUUCUGUAAAAUCAUUUUCUGUUUUAGAGUUAUUGGACGUACUGGACAAUGUUGAUUAUUCAAAUUUAUUGGAAUAUUUUGAAGAUAUUAAUGUGAAAAAUACUAAUUCAGUAUUAUCAAAUAAUUUAAAAUACUUGUAUUUUAUUGCUAUUAUUGAGGAAAAUGGAAAAAUAAUUGAUGCCUUGAAGUCAACUCCAAAAUUAGAAACUAUUAACAUAGAUGGCCAGAAAAUAUCCUUAACAAAAGACAUGUACUAUAUUGAUGGUCCUCUUCAUAGAGCUUGUGUCCUUGAAUAUCUUCCAGCAAUUCAAUGGUAUUCGAAUAACUAUCCACAUUUUCACGAAGAACAAGGCAUUGAUUGUGGUUAUCCUUUAGAGAUUGCGAUUGAGAAUAGAAAUACUAUUAUUUUUGAGUGGAUAUUCAAUAAUUGCAAUUUAUCAAGUAAUGUGUUGAGCAGUGCAUUGGUGACUGUGGCUGAUAUUAAUGGCAGUGCCGAGUGGGCUCAAAAUCUCAUUAAAAAAGGGGCAUCCAUAGAAUUCGUUCAAAAGUAUGCAACGGAAAAGGGUAAACAACAUUUAAUUACAUACAUUAACAAAAACUGUAAAGACAACAAAUCUUGGAAUUUCUUUAAAUUUUUCAACAAUAAAUGA